AUGCCUUCAGACGACCUGUUUGAUGAUAUUCUGAACCUAGAAGAGCAGUAUUACAAGGAAGGCUACGACGAGGGCUACAAGGAUGGUGCUGAAGCCGGCCGGAUCGAAGGCCGCUCUGUUGGUUUGAAGACGGGUUUUGAGAAAUUCUUAGAAGCCGGCCGGUUGCAAGGCAAAGCUAUAGUCUGGCAAAGCCGGUUACCCAACCAACAGGAGCCAUCUACACUUAAUAGCAGUUCACAGCAAGAACCGGCGCAGACUGGGCUAUCAUCUAGUUCUCAAGAUGAGAAAGACCCCGAACCAAAAAGGCUGCCACCUCUCACCAGCAACCCGCGACUAGAAAAGAACAUUACUAUGCUGUAUGGCAUACUGGAGCCUGGAACGUUGUCAACUAAGAAUGAUGACGAGUCAGUCAAUGACUUUGACAGCAGGCUGAAGGGCGCCCAGUCCAGAGUCAAGAUGAUCGAACGAGCUAUCGGUGAAGGAGCCGGUGAUAAAGGCUCAGCCACCAGGAACCGCCAGCCGGUCCAGAAGAACGAGAAUAUCGAGGACAUCGGGAGGAUACCGCAGAGGACGGAAGUCGUAAUGGGCAAUAUAUGA